CUUAACAAAUGAUGAGAGAAUAAAAUAUCAACGUCUAGAAAUGGAAGAUUUCCUUUCAGAUCCUUCGUUGACAGAUAACUCUUCAUUUAUAAUCUAUCCAAGAAAAGAAGUUUACUAUGAUUUUCAUGAUACUACAAAUUAUCAAGAUAGUUUUUGGUUUAGUCUCCCAUCAGAUUUACGAAUACUUGAAAAUAUGUCAGUUAUAGAUUAUCUACGACAAUUUGCACAUCUUUCAUCUAGAAAGCAUGAUUUAUAUCGACGUAUAUAUAAACAUUGGUGUCAAGGCUCUAAACUUUCGAUUGAUAAACUAAAUAAUGCAUUUGAAGAUAUUGUACCAGUACAAAUACCAAAUAAUUGUUAUACAUUAGUAUUCAAUUUAAUUGGAUUACAAACUAUUGAUUAUCGAUAUAUUGAUUUUGAAACAUUCUGUUGUAUAUGUGUUGCCGCCGAACGUCUUGUAUUCUUUAAAAUUAUGAAGGAUUCGAAUAUAUCUAUACCAUCAAAGAAUAUUUUAGAAAUGAUAGAAUUCCAACGGCUACAAUGUCAAUAUACACAACUUAAUCUGAAUAAGAAUAUCAGACAUUUUCUUGAUUUAAUACUUCUCUAAUAUAGUGAGUUGUAUAACAUUUAAGUAUAUGGCGAUUUCCGUAUGUAUAAAAUACAAGUAUACUGUCUUAUAUUAUGAAUUCUACACGUAGAUAACCUCAGCGUGUGAUUGAUUA